CUGGGCCCUAUUAUUUCCGCGAAUGACUCGGUCAGACCCCAAAAUGCUGCAUAUGUUCCUUCUUUGUGAACCAGGAUCCCACGUCGCACUCGUUAAAUUCAGCCAUUCGGUGUAGGGCAGCUGCGCCGCCUUAACCAUCCCUACGAUUUACCUACGCGAUCUGCUUCUUGUCGACCGCUGAAGCGAUGUCGACCGGACGCAAGGUCUUCCACUGUGCCGUGGAUGAGACGGCGCUGACGACCAACAUCAGCGAAAUCAAAAAAUGGACAACCAACGGGGCGAUCACCCUGGUCGUUCCUCUCUACACCCUUGAACGCCUUCAUGCAUUGAAACGAGCCGGGUCUCAAGUCGCUAUCAACGCCCGCGAGGCUGUUCGCUUUCUUGACCGCGUUACUUCCGGAAAGGACAGUACUCCGGCCGAUCGCGUUGCUCUUCAGGGCCCGAUGGAGCAGUACGAGAACUGGAGUGAUGCGGAAAAGUUCUUUCUGCCGGAAUUCGAAGAAGAGCCGGAGGCGACAAAUGGAAACGAUGCCCGGGAGACGCCGUUGGAGAAGAAGGGAUCUAAAGGAAAAGACAACAAGAGAAACGGAGCCUCGGAUGAUCUGUCGCAAAUGCUUCUCAAUAAGCUGAACUUCAAGAAGGACUCGGACGCCGCGUCGGUUAACUCGGCAGGGACUCGCAGUGCCCCUGCAUCGCCACCUUCUUCAAGAAGUUCCCGUACAAGUCCCGAAUGUGCCAACUCUCAUGUGGUUGAGAAUGGAAACGGAACGAACAACCUUAAAGUAAAGCAGACGAACGGACAUAAGCGAUCUGCUUCUGGCUCCACCAUCCCCACGGUUCCCUUGGUGCUCCGACCGCUCCUCAGUGCGUUGCUGUGGCGCCUGCACAGCGGCCCGGAUGCGUCCAAUGCGGCUAAAAGUUGUAUCCUUAUUACGAACGACCGCUCCACACAGAUUUGGGCCCAGAAGUUUGGCAUUGGCGUUAAGAACAUCCACCAGCUGCGGACCUCCAUUCAGUAUGAAGAACGGGAAUACAAGAAUCGCUGCAAAUAUGUGGAGAAAACCCAAACCCACACGGCCGAACCGAAGUCACUGCUUUCCUACGACGACGAGAGCGACGAAGAUGAACUAGUCUUUGUUCCUCGGGGUCGCGGGAAACCAACCUCGCGAGGAGGUUCGCGUGGUGGAGGCAAUCGGAAACCCGCCGCCGCUAAGACCGUGGCGCCGCCUGUGGAGAGUACGAUGGAGAUCCCUACUCAGCCCAUCGACCCCAACUCUUUCAGUCGGUCCUUGCCCACCACAACGAAGCAGCAGCCCACGAUUGAUCUCAGUACACAAUCUGGGGCUGCGCGUGGCAUGGCAGGAGCGUCUCGGAACUACAGCAGCGGUCGUCGAGGGGCGCCUCGCGGACCAACUCGUGGCAACAGCCGAGGCCGUGGGAAACUCUGGGUUCCUUGAGCGGACGGCAGAGCCCCGUUGACUGUGAUGCCGACGGGGCAUUUGUUUGCAAUUUCCAACAGAGACCACUGUGGUUGUUAUUCGAAGCAGGAAUCAUCUUCCGUUCCCGGACUGCCUACUGGUCGAUGUCAGUUCAGACUGUGACUUGAUGGAUGAGGCGAA